AUGAAGUUUUUGUCCAGUUGUUCGGUUGGUCUCGGCCUGUUCAACUCGGCCCUCUGUGGGACCGGAUCCUCGACCUCCAAGGUGACCAUCGAUAAAGUGAUCGCCUACCGUCAACCUAUUGACCCUAACCACAAAGGUUUCGUCGUCAAUGACUUUGGACUCAUGGACACCGGCUCGCUCUGCGAUAGCUGCGAAAACUUCUUCGUUGCCGAAGACUGCAUCGCUGCAAACGGCAAGAAAAUCAACCAGGUGUGCGACCAAGCUUACAGAAAAGGCCACGGAGAUGACGCCGAUUGUCGAUCCGGCGACCACACCUUUAAGUGUAGCAGCAAAAUCGUGCCCGGAAAACCCAUGAUCUGCCACGGAUGUGUGGUAUAAACACCCCUUCUCUCGACACUUGGAUUGUAAAAGCCCACCAUCCAUUAUGGUUGUUUGUCGCGCUUUCCUCAGACUCAUUCCCAUCGC